UAUAUAUAUAUAUAUAUAGAGAGAGAGAUAAGACUCAUGUCUGUGUGUUUCCCAUUAUAAAACACAAACAUUUUGACAAGAAACUCACCUGUUCCGGUUUCGUUGCUGUUCAAGAAUCCGAGAAGAAAGAGAAGAGGAAAAGAAAGGAAAAGAUGAACACCCAUCUGAAUCUAGAGCAGAUGGGAAAAGAGAGAUAUGAUGCGAGGAUCGUGGUUGAAGAAGAAGAAGACAUUGAUGGAGUCUCAAGUUCAAUAUCAGAUGAAACAUCCCUGGAAGAAGAUUCAAGAGAUUCUUCUUCAUCAUGUUCAUCUAUGUCUUCUUCAUCAGAUUUCGCAGAGGAUGCUUCCUCUUCUUCUUCUUCAUCAUCACCGUCUUCAAAUGGGCCUCUCCAUGAUCUAUCUGAGCUCAUGAAUCACCUCCCUAUCAAGAGAGGGUUGUCCAAGUUUUAUGAAGGCAAAUCACAAUCAUUCACUUCUAUAGCAAAUGCGAAAAGCAUAGAGGAUCUUUGCAAGAAGAAAUGGAGCAGAAGUGGGGGUGGAGCUGUGAGAAUGAAGCCAUGCAAGAGCUCUUGUGGGUUAUUGGAUCAGAGCCACAAAAGAGCAUUCAGCCCUAAAGCCACAAUCUCCAAGAAGGCAACAAGACAACCUUCUUCACUUUCCUUGUGCAUAAAAGCUGCUUUUAUCAGCAAAAAUCCACUGUAAAAAAAUGCAUCCAAUUUAGGUUUAAAGCUUAACCCUUUUUCCUAUGCUAUGAUAUGAUCAGAAAACAAAAACAAAAACAAAUCUCUCGGUUCGGUUCAGUUUGUAUUCUGGGUUUUCUGAAACCGAAUGAGAACGGAGACAUCGGUUUUGGUUCGUUUUCUUUCCCAGGUCUGUAACAUAUUCAAGUAUCUUAUAAACUGCUCUUUCCCCUGAA